AAAAUACAUUUAUAGUUCAUAAACGGACGAUACAUCGACCAGUAGAGUUAUUAUCUUUGCCUUAGCUGUGUUAAAAUAAAAAUUAAUAAUUUUAAUUUAUAAUAAUUGAGUUUAAAAAGUGAAAUAGUGGAAAAAUGAUUGUCGAAAUAAUAAUUUUCAUAAUAACAUUUAUCAUCGCAUAUUUUUGUUAUAAACACAAAUGUUUGCAUUGGAUGUAUGACAAAAAAGGAAUAAAGUAUGUACCUGGUAUCCCGAUUUUCGGUAAUACAUAUAACACUGUAUUCGUGAAGGAGCAUUUUUUUCAUGAUAUUGAUGUAACGUAUAGAGCAUUCCCGGAUGAAAAAUACGUCGGUUUCAUAGAAGGCACUGAUCCUGUAAUCUUGAUUCGGGAUCCGGAAAUAAUCAGGAACACCACAGUGAAGGACUUUGAUCACUUUGUCGAUCAUAAGGCGUUCUUCAGUGAAGACUCCGAACCAUUGUUUGGAGGCAGCCUCAUUCAAAUGAAAGGAGAAAAAUGGCGAGACAUGCGUACAACCUUAAGUCCGGCUUUCACGGCGUCGAAGAUGAGGCUGAUGAUCAAUUUCAUGUUUGAAACCUCCAACAACGUCAUAGAUGAACUCAAGGAUAGAGUAUCCAAACAAGAAGAUAUACACGUAGAUGACCUGAUACGUCGGUAUACCAAUGACGUCAUCGCUUCAGCUGGCUUCGGUCUCCAAGUGAACUCUGUGAAGGAGAAGGACAAUGAAUUCUUCCUCAUGGGUCGUGAUCUUUUCGUAUUUAGUUUUUAUCAGAGAGUUCUGUUCUUCCUUUACACGCUGAUACCCUGGAUUUUCAAGGUAUUGGACAUUAAACUAUUCCCUGAAAAAACAAUGAAUUUCUUCAAGAAUAUAGUCAGAAGUACUAUCGAGCACAGAACUACUCACAAUGUAUAUCGACCUGAUAUGAUCCAGCUUUUAAUGGAGGCUUCUAAUGAUGAACUCAAAACUAAAGAUACUGACGGUAACGGCAGUGUUGGAUUUGCAACUACUGAAGAAGCCUUCAAGCCAAAAGGAAAUGCAAGAAAAUGGACCGAAGAAGAGUUGAUCGGCCAGGUGUUCAUAUUCUUCAUUGCGGGCUUCGAGAGUUCAGCCGGGGCUCUCACCACCACCAUCCACGAGCUAGCCCUAAAUCCAGAGGUGGAGGAGAAGCUUUACCAGGAGUGUAAACAGUUCAGAGACUCGGGGAACAGUUUGACCUACGAUAAUGUGGCGCAGCUGAAAUAUUUGGAUUGCGUCAUUAACGAAAAUAUGAGAAAAUGGGCUGCCGCUAUUAUAAUGGAUAGAACUUGUACUAAAGCGUACGAACUUCCCCCGCCGAGGGAAGGAGCAAAACCAGUAAAACUGAAGCCAGGUGACGUGAUCUACAACAUGGUGAACAGCAUCCACAUGGAUGAGAAGUACUUCCCGAACCCUGAGGUGUUCGACCCCGAAAGGUUCUCUGAUGAGAACAAGCAUAAAAUUAAACCCUUCACUUUUAUGCCGUUCGGGAUGGGUCCGAGGAAUUGUAUUGCUUCAAGGUUUGCCUUGCUCGAGCUUAAAGUGCUAUUGUACAAUCUAGUGGUGAACUUCAAGAUCAAGAAGAGUAAGAAGACCCUAGACCCUAUCGUUCUGAAUCCGGCCGAUUUUAACAUCAAGGUGUUAGGAGGCAGUUAUGUGAAGAUGGAGCCCAGGGAGUAGAUUUACAAGAUAAUUAAUUCAUUUAUUGUUAGCUUCACUUAUCGUAUGCAUAAUCCAGUGCUUGUUAUAGAUUUUAGGAUUAAUUUGUGUUAGUAAAAUGUAUUUUGUAUGUGUAUGCAAUAAAGUCUAUUUUUAUUCUUCUAUUCAA